AUGCUAAAUAAUAUCAAACUUAGCAAGACCAUUUCAUCCCAACCUUAUGAUAAUUUAAAAGUAUCAGCUAUUAUAAAUGAUCUUAAAGUUGAAAAGGGGAUGUCAGAAAAUAGAAUUAAAGAUCAGAAGAGCAGAUAAAAGAUAGCAUAUCUCAACUCUUAACUUAUACAUAAAAAACUGUCAUAUAAUCUUGAAUCCUUAACUAAAUUGGUAUCAUCUAAAAACUUAAAUAAUGCAAAGGAUCUUUAUAGCAACAGUGAUAUCAUCAAAUUUGGUGGAAAUUUGAAUAUUUUCAAGCAAGACGCUUCAAUCAAAGAAUUUAAACUUCACAAUAAUUCUUCUACCUAAUUAAUUUUAAAGUCACAUGAAACUAAUGACAUCUAAAUGCUUCAUUUAUCGUAUAAUGACAAAGCCAAAUUAUUGAACUAGUCAGUUUACGAAAUAAUAACGAAUCAAUCAUUUUAAAACUAUCUGCCUAUCACAUCCCAGUUUUUGAAAUCUUUGAUCAAUGAGUUAGAAGAAAUUACUGCCAAAAUAUUCAAUUUUAACAAUAUCGAAGUCAGAAAAAUACAUGAACAACUCAAUAAUCAUAUGAAUGAGAAUAAAGAGUUAAGUUAAAUUGUUUAAAAAAUGAAGGAUGAGGAGACAAAGCUCUAAUAACUCAGGAAAAAUGCUUUUAGUGACAAAGAUUUUCAGAAUGAAUUGGACUAAUUUGACAAAAUGUCUAAUCUUAAAGAUGAAGAGUAUAAAAUAAAAAAACUAAUAUAAAGAGAAUAUGCUGAAAUGAAAGUUAAAAAAUAUGGAAGAGAACAACUUAAUGAGGAUGAGUUAGAAUUAAUAAUGCAAUAAGAUUUGGAACCUAAAUUUUCUGAUGUAAAUCUUGAACUUUCAGAAGUUUAUAAAGUACUAAUACGUUUUGAUGAUAAUGAUAACUACUCAAGGUAAUUCACAGCUAAGCUUAAUAAGGGAAACUUUGCAUUGAUGGCCGGUGAACUUAGGGAUAAAUUAGCUAUUAUCUAGAUUUAAACUGCAGCACUUGUAUUGAAAAGAUUUCUCAAGAAGGGUCUAAUGUCAGCAGAUGAUGAAUAUAAGAGUAGUAUCUUUGAUAUGGGAAGAAAGAUAGAUAAACUAAAAAACAAUGAAGAGGCCUUAGAAACUAAGAUAAAAACUCUAGAGGCGUUAAUCAAGGAGCUUACAGCUAAGAACAAUUAGUUAAAUCGUGAAAUAAGAGAAUUAAAGGACUAAGGCUAAGAGAACAGGAUAAAAGUAGGCAUUUAUGCGAAUGAAAUUAAGACACUUAAUGAGUCCUUAAAGAAAUUAGAGUAAAAAAUAUUCAAGAUUACAGAUAACAAUAAAGAUUUGGAGAAAAAUCUAGAUUUUUAUAAGAAAAAAGCAAUCAAGGAUAGAGAGAUUACCUUAAGAACAGUUCAUAAUAUUAAGAGAUUAACAUUAAAACUGAGAAAAGCCUAAAUGAUAAUAUUUCAGAUGUCUUCAGGGGAGCAAGAAGUUUCUUAGCUAUCAUUAAAUAGCAUUGAUGUGCCAGAGUUUGAAAAUGAGGAAAUAAAUGAAAGAGAAUCGAUCUCCUUGUUCUAAGAACUCAGCUAAAGAUUUGAGCAUCAUAUAAACUCUGAAAUUGAGAAUAUCUAAAGAGGAAGUCAAAGAUAAAGAAAGAAGCUGGCUGAUCUUCCAAGCUAUGAUUUUGGUGGAGUAAGAGAUGAUUCAAGUAAUCAGAAAUAGCAUCCAGAAAUUUUGAUAUAGUAACUUGAAGAUACAGCAGCACUUGAAAAUUAGCCUAAAUAAUCAGCUAAUUCUUUAACUCAAGCCUUAAAAAAUAGUAUGUUGAAGAAGAUCCAGGAGAAAUAACUUUCAAUCGAAAGACCGACAAAUAAUUUCAGUAGAGGUAGUAGCAAAAAUUUCUAAAAGCAGAAUUCUUCAAAAUAAAAAAACGAUAAAUAAGAUCAACUUAAUUUGCCUUAAAAAGAAAAACCAAUUCGGUAGGAUUUAAAAUCAAGCAGGUCUUAAAAUCGAAAAGAUAAGCAAAAAGAAUAAAGAGUUGAAGAAAAGACUAAAGUAGAAAAAUCAGAUUUACUAGGAGUUCGUAGUGAUUAUAAUAAAACUUCAUAUAGGAAAACAAAUUCAAAAAUAAGGCCCUAUUCUCCAAAGAUUGUAAAUUCAAUCAAAGAUGACUUACUUUCAACUAACUAUAAAAUCGAUAAUACACAGGUUAGAUAUAGAAAGCCAAAGCAUACUUCUAACUUUGGAGUUUAAGUUUACUUUGAUAAAGAUUAAAUGUUGAAAGAAAAGUAUGGAUGGAAGAAAUAAUUUACUAAUAAAAUGUGUCAAACUGAUGAAUAUAUGUUCAGUAAAGAAGCAUAAGUUGCCCUUCAUUACCAUCUUAAAGAAUAUGAGAAAUAUUUUGGCCCUAAAAUGAAUAGGAAAUUCUCUCUUGGCCAUGAGAAACCCUAAUAAUUAAGCGAAUUCAUUCAAGCCAGUGAAAUUAAAAUUCCACAAUUCUAGAGUCCAACCAAACUAACUCUAGUAGAUGUAUCAACUAUCAAUUUUGAUUUAAAACUAGAAUCUCAUGAGCAAUCUAAAUAAUCUAAAGACUGA